UAAGUUUUACGCACAAUUAAAUCGUGUGGCAUUGUCGCGCUUCCUGAUUUAUAGUAAUCCGAUGACCUCUCAUUCUGUCACUGAGCGUGGACCAGCGUGCUGAAAGAAAUAAACAUUGGCUAGGGAUAAGACGUGGGACAUGAGGAGGAGUGUGAGACUUCGUUGACAGUAUCAGGGUCAGAUCACAUGAACGCAGUCAGAACAGCAGCUGUAUUGUUACAUAUAACACACGGAAAAUGAAACACGUGGUUAGUUGUGAGUGAUUUCUCAACGCACGACUCAUGAUGGCGCGCAGGUAACUCUUCUUAAAGGUGCAGGUGCUCCUCUCUUCCUCAUGGAUGGCUGCAGCAACAUUCUCCCUUUCCCAGCCUCCAUUUAAAGCCUUCAUCAGCAUGGACGGUGCUGGACAGAAGUAUUUUACUCCCAUUGACUUUGUGAUAUUUGCUUUGCUCCUGGUGGCCUCCAUGGCCAUAGGGCUGUAUUAUGCCCUCUCUGGAGGACGGCAAAAGACCACACAGGAGUUCCUGUUGGCUGACAGGAGCAUGAGGUGUCUGCCCCUUUCCCUUUCUCUCAUGGCCUCGUUCCAAUCUGCCGUUGCUAUAGUGGGGACGCCGGCGGAGAUCUACACUAAUGGAACACAGUACUGGUUUAUAGGCUGCGCUUAUAUUCUGGGGCUCCUGAUCCCGGCCCAUGUCUUCAUCCCAGUGUUCUACAGACUCCAUCUAACCAGUGCUUAUCAGUAUUUGGAGCUGCGUUUCUCUAAAGCAGUCCGAAUAUGUGGGACAUUGACCUUCAUUUUUCAAAUGGUCAUUUAUAUGGGUGUUGGUGUUUAUACUCCAGCUCUCGCACUGAAUGCAGUUACUGGUUUUCACUUGUGGGGAGCAGUAUUAGCAACUGGACUUGUCUGUACAAUAUACACCACACUGGGUGGGCUGAAAGCGGUCAUCUGGACAGACGUUUUUCAGACGGUGGUGAUGUUUGCAGGUCAGCUGGCUGUUGUCAUAGUGGGUGUCCAGAAGGCAGGUGGUAUUUCUGAAGUUUGGAGAAAGGCCACGGAGGGAGGCUUGAUUUCUGGCAUUGAUAUUAAUCCUGACCCGACUGAACGACACACAUUCUGGACUUUGGCGUUUGGGGGUGUGUUCCUGAUGCUCUCUCUUUAUGGUGUGAAUCAGGCACAAGUUCAGAGGUAUCUUAGUUCUCGCACGGAGAAAGAGGCAAUAAGGUCAUGCUACAUGGUGUUCCCUUGUCUUCAGACUGCUUUGGGUCUAAGCUGUCUGAUGGGAGUUGUUAUGUUUGCAUGUUACGGUAGAAACAGUCCAUUAGACAAGCAGUAUAUCACAUCUAAAGACCAGAUGGUGCUAUACUUUGUCAUGGACAUGCUGCAGGAUAUUCCUGGACUUCCUGGACUGUUUGUUGCAUGCUUAUUCAGUGCAUCCCUAAGCACAAUUUCCUCCGCUUUUAAUUCCUUGGCCACAGUAACAAUGGAGGAUUUCAUUAAGCCUUAUUAUCCCUCUCUGUCGGAAGCAAGAGCCACCCUAAUGUCCAAGAUACUUGCUUUUUCAUAUGGCCUUUUAUGCCUUGCCAUGGCCUAUGCUGUCCAUCUGAUGACUAGUUCUGUUUUGCAGGCAGCCCUCAGCAUCUUUGGGAUAGUUGGAGGUCCCUUGUUGGGACUCUUCUGUCUUGGGAUAUUUUUUCCCUGGGCGAAUAGCACUGGUGCUGUAACCGGGCUGGCUGCUGGUCUCAUCAUGGCCUUCUGGGUUGGCAUCGGUGGAUUUUUGGCUCAGAUGUCAAGUACUGCCACAGGGCAUCCACAUAAUGGCAGUUAUCCAGUAGCAACAGAAAAUAUGACCUUCACUACAAUGAGUUCAAUAUUAACUCCAGCGAUUAAUAAAACAAGUAAACCUGUUGGGCUUCAUGGCCUCUAUUCCCUAUCAUACAUGUGGUACAGUGCGCUCAACUCCACUGUUGUGGUACUUAUUGGACUUCUUGUCAGUCUUAUCACAGGUCCAUUGAAGAAAAGGGACUUAACACCAGGCACCGUUUAUCCUGUCCUGGAUAAUAUAUGUUUUUUUCUUCAAUUCAUGCUGAAGCCCUGUGGAUUACAACCAGAGCACAGGAUCAUUACCCAUUGUGAACAAAUGAAUGGUGUUGCCAGGCCUGAGACAAACACUGGAACAGAAGAUGAGAAAGAGACGUUUCUGCCACUAGGCCAAAAAUGUUAUUUGGAGAAGGAAAGUUCAGUGUGACACAGCAUUAAAAAUGUUAUGUCGAUUAAAAUUAGGACUCCACCGAACAUUGAUGAUGAAUGUUAUAUGAGCCAAGUUGUUGUGCCGAUCAGUUGAUCGGCUGUAGUGAUCCCUCAAAGGGAAACAGCCGAAAGACUAACAAUGAGUGUUAUAUGAUAAAUAUCUGUUGUUUACAAAAUCUGUCAGCUGAGCCUAGGAGGAAUCUUUUUUUCCCAUUUGUUUUGGGCUGCAAGUAGUACAAAUAAAAAGCUGCUUUAAAUAACGAACAUUUAUAUGAAUGUAGAUGAAAUUUAGAAACACUGGUUGCAAAAGCAAAAAAGAAUUAUUAAAUAAUUGACUUUUUUU